AUGACUGCUUUUAUUCACACACUUUUAUUUUUAUUUUUUCAUGUCUUCGUUAGUUCUGCUUUUAGUUCUGAUGCAGAUUUUUACGAAGCACUGAAUAAUGUGGUGAACUGGGUACAACAUGACCCCAAAUGUGUGUUCAAUAAGACUAUAUUGGAUUCUGAAACCAUUAAAUCAUUUCCGGAUUGCGAAACAGUUUUUGCGAUAAUUAUAAUCAAUGAGAACACGGAUUUGACGUCCAGUCAGAUUAAAAAAUAUUUUAGUAAACUUGUCUGGAUAACAGGUGGACUCCGAGUGGAGAACUCGAAUCUCACGGAUUUGGCGUUUUUACCGAAACCAGAACAAUUCACAUUUUGUUUCUACUGUGAGAAUUACGGUGUCUAUAUAAGAAACAACAGUAAUUUGGUUGCUGGAUUUAAGUUACCUGCCAUAUACAUUUCUGGAAAUGAGGAUGGGAAAAAGAAUUGUAGAUUUGAAGUCCAGAACAACCCGAAGUUGAAUGCUGGGAUGAUGUGUAAUGGAAGUUAUUUGCAUACUGAUACAGAUAUAAAAGUUGUUGGGAACUUGAAGAAUUGUGGAUGCACUCCCGACGUAGUCACUGAAAAUUGCCUAUAUGAAUUUGCGGAGAAAAUGCACCUGGCCAAAGGACUCCAUCUCACAAAGCUCAAUGACACCAACCAGUUGAUCUACCUGUCAAAUGUGAAUCAAAUCACUGGAGCCAUUGAUAUUCAGAACACCAAUAUUCGAGAUUUAUCAUUUUUGAAAUCAAUUAGGAAUAUUGAUUUUCCAAGUGUUAGUUCAGUGGUAUUCAACCUUCAAAAUAAUCCAGAAAUGACGAGAUUUGCGUUGCCGAAUAUUAGUUCAAUCGACAUCCUCAAAGACACCAAUCUAUUUAAUCUCGAGAAUUUGCACCCAGAUUUCUGUUUGACCAUUGAGGAAUUGAUUCAUUUCUUCUUCCGACUCAAAGUUUUAUUCCAAAAUAUCCACGCAAAACUAUGCAAUGAAACCGGAAAGAAUUCUUCUGAUUUAAUGAUGUGUCGUUUCGAAUCAAUGAGCAAGUUACCCGAUAACUGUAACAUUAUUCUGGGAGAUUUGAAAAUUGAGUCAGGAGACGAAAUGUAUAUAGUUAAAUUGGACAGUGUAUAUUAUCUGUUUGGGUCUCUGACAAUUCGAUAUACAAAAUUGGAAAAAAUGGAGAAUCUUCAAAAUUUGGCCAAUGUUGCGUAUUUUGGUAUCAAUCCUGUCAUACAAAUAGUUUCCAAUCCAAAUCUCAAAGAAGUAGUGAUGCCUUUGCAGAGUGUAAUAACCAGAGAUAAUCGAGACGUAAUAUUUCAAGACAACCAUCCUGGAAUACUCAACUCAACCGGUGGAGUUUGUGGAUUUACCGCCGUGUCUGACGCUCAUCUGCCGAAAAAACCUGAUUUAAAUUUUAUUGGAGGCGAUUGUGGUGGGUUACUGUACAGCUGUAGUAGAUAA